AUGGCCGCCAACAAGCAGGGCAAGAUGCAAAACCUCAUCAACUACCGGAUGAGGGUCACCUUGAACGAUGGUCGACAGAUGACCGGUCAGAUGCUGGCCUUCGACAAGCACAUGAACCUCGUUCUCGCCGACACGGAAGAAUUCCGUCGGAUCAAGCGAAAGUCAAAGCCCGCCUCCGGCCCCUCAAAUGCGCCCCUCGUUGAAGCGGAGGAGAAGCGAACUCUUGGUCUCACCAUUGUUCGUGGUACUCAGGUGGUCUCUUGCUCCGUCGAUGGCCCUCCCCCCGCGGAUCCCUCCACCCGCCUCGGUACUGGCGGCCCUGGACCUGUGGGCGCGACAGCUACCCUCGUUGCUGGGCCCGGCAUCAGCAAGCCCGCUGGUCGUGGCCUGCCCGUCGGACUCGGUGGCCCGGCUGCUGGUGUCGGCGGCCCUCCUCCUCCUCCUGGAGCCUUUGGAGGCUUCCCUCCCGGUGGCUUCCCUGGCGCUCCUCCUCCUGGUUUCGCUGGUCGUGGAGGCCCUCCCGGUGGACCUCCCGGCUUCGCUCCUCCUCCUGGUUUUGCUCCCCAGGGCGCUCCUCCCGGCGCUUUCCAGCCCCCUCCUGGCUUCCAGCCUCCCGGUCAGGGCCGUGGCUUCCCUCCCCCCGGUUUCCAAGGUCGUUAA